GUCCCUGGGAGGACACCAGCGGCAGCCCCACGGCAGGGACUUCACACCGCAUGCAGCUUCCUCCCGCUGGGGAGAGCAGUGCCAUGGGCUUCGGGCCAGAGCUGUGGUGCCCACAAGGGCACAGUGCACUGCUGCGGCUGCAGGACAGUGAGCUGCGCCUGCUGGAGCUGAUGAAAAAGUGGAUGUCUCAGCGUGCCAAGAGCGACCGGGAGUACGCGGGGAUGCUGCACCAGAUGUUCUCCCAGCUGGAGAAGCAGGAGGGCUCCAGCCAGCUCCGCACCAGUGACCAUGGUGGACAGAUUGGGGAGUCCUGGUGGGUGCUGGCAAGCCGGACGGAGAUGCUGAGCCAGAUCCUGCGGCGGCACGCAGAGGAGCUGUCAACGGGGCCGCUGGCCAAGCUGACCCUGCUCAUCCGAGACAAGCAGCAGCUGCGCAAGGCCUUCAGUGAGCAGUGGCACCAGCUCAGGCAGGAGUACAACCGGACCACGCAGCAGGAGAUGGAGAAGCUGAAGGCACAAUAUCGCAGUCUGGUGCGGGACAGUGUCCAAGCCAAGCGCAAGUACCAGGAGGCCAGUAAAGGUGCCAGCCUUUGGGUACCAGCUUCGCUUCCCACCUCCUCUGUCCCUGUCACUCUGUGUCCCCUCCCACCUCCCCUCACAGGUGUGGGAUGGCUGGACACCCUGUGUCCUGCAGCACCCACUACACGGCCUGGAUUAAGAGUGUCCAGGGACAAGGAGCGGGAUAAGGCAAAGGAGAAGUACGUCCGCAGCCUCUGGAAGCUCUACGCCCUGCACAACCAGUACGUGCUGGCAGUGCAGGCAGCCGCGCUCCACCACCAGCACCACUACCAGCGGGCACUGCCCAGCCUCCACCAGUCCCUCUACAGCCUGCAGCAAGAAAUGGUCUUCAUCCUGAAGGACAUCCUGGGAGAAUUCCACAGCAUCAGCAGCCUGGUGCAGGAGGACAUGCUGGCUGUGCAUCAGGAAAUCACCAGUGCCAUCCAGGCCAUCGAGCCGGGCACCGAGUACAGCAGCUUCAUCCAGAGCCACAAGUACAGCUCUGAGGUGCCACCGGCUGUGUCAUUUGAUGAGAGCUUGCUGGAGGAGACGGAGGGGCUGGCACCGGGGGAACUGCAGCUGAAUGAACUGACCAUCGAGAGCGUCCAGCACUCCCUGACAUGGGUGGAGGAGGAGCUGGUGGCCGCCGCAGAGGCCGUGGGCAACAAGGAACAGCGGGUGCAGGAGCUGCAGGCAGAGAUCCAGGGCGCGGAGCAGGGCCGGAGCCCCGGGGAGCGAGUGCACUUGCUGGGCAAGCGCCAGGGGCUGCAGGAGGUGCAGCAGCAGCUCGAGGGCUGCCUCUGCACCCAGGCCAAGCUGCAGGUACAGCGGGACCUUCUGGCUGGGAAGCUGGGGGAGCUGGGCACCAAGGAGCCCCUGCCUGCCCUGCCACUGCAGGAGGAUCGGCAGUCGGUCUCCUCCACGGAACAGGAGCGGAGCGGAGCCACUGCUCUGGAGACCCUCAAGAACCACAUUACUGGUAUCUUCAGCCCCAAGUACUCGCUGCCACCUCCCGUGCCCCUGAUCCCAGAGGUGCAGAAGCCGCUGUGCCAGCAGGCCUGGUACCACGGGGCCAUUCCACGCUCAGAGGUGCAGGAGCUGCUGAGCUGCAGUGGGGAUUUCCUGGUGCGGGAGAGCCAGGGCAAGCAGGAGUACGUGCUCAGUGUGCUGUGGGAUGGGCAGCCCCGACACUUCAUCAUCCAGGCUGCCGAUAACAUGUACCGGCUGGAGGGCGAGGGCUUCCCCACCAUCCCGCUGCUUGUCGAGCACCUCCUGCAGAGCCAGCAACCCGUUACCAGGAAGAGUGGCAUCGUCCUGGCCAGGGCUGUGCCCAAGGACAAAUGGGUGCUCAACCAUGAGGACGUGCUGCUGGGGGAGCGCAUUGGCCGGGUGAGUCAGUGCUUUGGCCCUUGUCUCCACAGGGCAGGGCUGUCCAAGGGGGUCUCCAGGGGGUGCAGCAGGCCACGCCACAGCAUGCUGGGCCAGUGCCCUCGUGUCUCUUGGCAGGGUAACUUUGGGGAGGUGUUCAGUGGCCGCCUGAGAGCUGACAACACCCCUGUAGCAGUGAAGUCCUGCCGGGAAACGCUCCCACCCGAGCUCAAGGCCAAGUUCCUUCAGGAAGCCAGGAUCCUCAAGCAGUACAACCACCCCAACAUAGUCCGGCUCAUCGGUGUCUGCACCCAGAAGCAGCCCAUUUACAUCGUCAUGGAGCUCGUGCAGGGUGAGCAGCCCCCAUGCUGCCAGGGCAGCCAGUGCACACCACAGUGUGCCAGGGCAGCUGCCACCAGCUUUGCAAUCCUGGGUACAGGAGGGGACUUCCUGAGCUUCCUGCGCAGUGAGGGAACACACCUGCGUGUCAAGGAGCUGAUCAAGAUGACAGAGAAUGCUGCAGCUGGUAUGGAGUACCUGGAGAGCAAGCACUGCAUCCACAGGGACCUGGCUGCUCGCAACUGCCUGGUGACAGAGAAGAAUGCCCUGAAGAUCAGUGACUUCGGGAUGUCACGGGAGGAGGAGGAUGGCAUCUACGCCUCCACGGGUGGGAUGAAGCAGAUCCCUGUCAAGUGGACUGCCCCUGAAGCACUGAAUUAUGGCCGAUACAGCUCAGAGAGUGAUGUCUGGAGCUUUGGGAUCCUACUGUGGGAAGCCUUCAGCCUGGGUGCCGUUCCCUAUACCAACCUCAGCAACCAACAGACACGAGAAGCAGUGGAACAAGGUGUGCGGCUGGACCCCCCCGAGCAGUGCCCCGAGGAGGUGUACCGGCUGAUGCAGAGGUGCUGGGAGUAUGACCCACGCAAGCGGCCCAGCUUCAGCACCAUCCACCAGGACCUCAUCACCAUCCGCAAGCGGCACCGGUGACAGGCAUCACCCUGCCAGCCCUGCUUGGGGCAGCACUGUGUGCCCCCGACCCUUCCCAGCUGAACGAUGCCUGUCAGAGGAGCAGGUGCUGCAGGGCAGCUGACCGUGGCUGUGCUUUCUCCCCAGCCCAGGGCAAGGGGCUCCCAUAGCCCUCCAGGGACCUCGACCUCACAGCCUCUGCCAGGCUUGGUCCUGGGUAAUAAAAAACUGAGCGCUGCAGAA